CCUGUUUCCCUAGGGCUUCUGUUCUCUCUCAACUUCCGCCGGUGAAGCAAUGUCGGAUUUCAUACCCACAGACAUCCUGAUCGAAAUCCUCCUCAAACUGCCGGUCAAAUCCCUAAUCCGCUUCACCACCGUCGCCAAAUCGUGGCGGUCGAUCAUCACCAGCCGCACCUUCAUCGAUUCCCACAUCUCCGGCGGCGGCAACAACCACACCCUCCUCCUCCGGCGCUACGACAUAUCCGACAAGCUAGAACACUACUCUCUGCUCAAAACCACCAAAGGUGUAAUCUUUGGCCGCAAUUCUUCCUCGCAGCUCGUUUUUCCGUUCAAAUCCCAAAACGGGUAUUUCAGAAUCGUCGGCUGUUGCGAUGGGCUCGUCUGCUUAUUGGACGAUUUAUUCGUUAAUUGUUCGUCGCCGAUUGUUAUAUGGAACCCAUCCGUUAGAAAUCAUAUAGUUUUGCCCAACACUACUAUCAAUCCGAAAGAAGUACCCCACAUUGUUGCAUUGGGUUUCGGAGGAGUUGCUAGUCAUGUUCACAAGGUUGUGAGGCUGGUUUACUGCAGAAAAACCGAAGAUUUCGGUUUCGUCGUUCCGCCGCUCGUCGAGAUCUAUUCCGUCGGUACAGGGAAGUGGAAAAAGAUCAGCGGAGUUGACGUUCGCCUCCGGGUUCUUGAAUAUAUGUGGAAUCAAGCUUUCUUGAACGGGGUUGUGCAUUGGCUGGCUUACGAACCAAUCGAUGAAAACAAAACUACCCGUGGUUCGAUUUUGUCCUUUCACAUGGGCGAGGAGGUGUUCGGUGAAGUAGCGUUGCCCGACGAAUUGGCAAGUGAAUCCGUGACGAGUUUUUGUAUUUUCGUGAUUGGGGAAUCACUUGGAAUCGUCAAAUACGACGGGGAGGCAACUAGACAGUCGUGCGACGUGUGGUUCAUGAAGGAGUACGGUGUGAAAGAAUCGUGGAUUAAGUUAUAUAGGAUCGGUAUGUUGGAACACUUAGAAAAAGUAGUCGGGUUUUUGGAGAGCGGUGAAGCUUUAUUGGCCUUAAUGAAUAUUGGGUUAGUUGCGUAUAAUCCGUUUACUAUGCUGACUACGGAUCUUGGAAUCGAUGGGGCUCCGCGGUCGUUUUAUGUCGAUAAUUAUUCGGAAAGCUUGCUCUUGCUUAAAGGACAUGUUGUUGGAGCUGCCGAGGAGGAAUCGAGUGUACGAAGAAUCGAGAACUGAGGCAGAGAGAGAGAUAUAUGAAACGAAGUCGGUAAAGGAGACGGAAUAUCCAAGGGGCACUUUCGGUAGAGCAAAUAGAAGAGGGAUGAUGUUUUAUAGGUAAAAUAUAUUGAUCUUUUCGUAUGUACACUGCAAUUAAGGUUAUGAAUAAGUGACCGCAGUCAUUGUUUUCGUUAUUUCGAUUGCCUUGAUUUAGUGUUAUUACAUAGAGAAUGUGUGGUGUUUACAGACUUGAUACUUUGGCUAUUCAGAAUCUUGAAUUUGUUUUGGAACUUCAGUUUGUCUUGGUAAAGAGUUAAAGAUUCAUGGUGAUCGUUGUUCGAUUGCCUUGUUUUAGUGUUA